AAUAUCACACAGGUGAAUGCGACUCUAUCAUCUUGACGUACUGUGGCGUACAUGUACUAUUUCACCUUCAAUUACACAAUAAAACAAAGCCAUCGCCAUCCAUUAUGAAGAGAAAGCUGACCCACUUAUUUGCAGUCGUCGUCGUAUUCAUUUUAAUUCCAAAUUCAUCUUUAGUACACUGCAAAGAUAAAGCGCUGAUUGCCAGACCACAGAAAUCAUCACAACGAGUGGAGCGUGCACUUGGUGAUUGUGGUGGAUACUUCACAGCUGAUGCUGGUAUUAUAGGUUCACCUAACUGGCCAUACAGUUAUAGCAAUAAUCUCGACUGCUAUUAUCACAUCACAGUGUCCAGUGGCAAUGUUCAGAUAACGUUCACAACAUUCGCUACUGAAUCUAGUUAUGACUACUUGUAUGUAUAUGAUGGUUUGUCUACCUACGACCCACUUAUUGGUUCUUUUACUGGGUCAACAUUACCAUUACCGAUAUCAUCCGCUGGAUCAGAUCUCUUACUCCAUUUCCACUCUGAUGGCUCUAGUGUGAACACUGGGUUUUACGCUACAUAUAUUUCAACUGACGAUCAAUGGUCUUACAUAUCGUCCUGUGGUGGAUAUUUGACCUCCGACUCUGGUGCGUUUACGUCACCCAACUAUCCUGGCUCAUACGAUGAUUAUGCUGAAUGUUAUUAUUACAUCUCUGUUUCACCGGGAUAUACAGUGCAGUUAACUUUCAUCGCAUUUGAUACAGAGUCAUGUUGUGAUCAGGUUUAUGUUUACGAUGGCAGUACGACAUCAUCAACACUUCUUGGACAAUAUUCGGGGACAAACUUACCAAAUAUUCUGUUAUCCAGCGGCCCCGACAUGCUGGUGCAUUUUCAUUCUGACGGCUUUGUCACUAGUAGUGGAUUCUAUGCGUCAUAUACCAUUGGGUCGGGAUUGGACAUAUCGGUUUGUGAAAGUGAAAGCAUAUCAUCUGUAGGAGGUGAGCUCCAAUCACAUGCAUCAUACCCAAGUGGCUACACAUCGCCUAUAUCGUGUACUGUCACCAUAGUGACAUUCGAUCCGUAUACACAAAUCCACAUAGAGUUUCUAGAUGUGGACCUCUACGAUUCAGGUCCCUUUGAAGACAGUAUUGGAAUUUUUGAUCAAUAUGGAACCCCUGUUGACACACUCUAUGGAAGCGACGGCGUGGGUAUUCAAUACCAGUCUACCUCUACUAUGCGUAUCACAUUGACUGGUGUGAACACACAUUAUGGCGACUAUCGAGGAUUCAGAGCUGUGUAUACAUUAUAUUAUGAGUCAUAUUACACCUGUAACGACGCAGAUUUCCACUGUGAUAACCACAGGUGUAUUCAUGAGAGUUUAAGCUGUGAUGACCUAGAUAAUUGUGGAGAUAACUCCGAUGAACAUGAAUGCAGCUCACCAGAUAAUCUUGGAGUGAUUCUUGGUGGUGUAUUUGGGUCUCUUAUCAUCAUUAUAAUAAUCAUCGCAGUGUGUUGCUGUUGUUGUAAAAAGAAGCCAGCGGCUACAUCUCCGUCGAGUACAACUACACGAAUGGCCACAAGUACUGGUACCACAGCAAGACCCAAGCCAAAUGACACCCAACCCACUGUGUUCACAGUUUCAUACAAUGCACAACCUCAACCUCCUGCUGGAUAUUACCCACCACCCCCACCGGCUUACGGAUAUGGCGGCGGUCCCCCAGGCGGUGGAUACAAUUAUGCUAAUUACAACAACACAUCGUACCCUCCUUCGCAAUACACACUUCCCCCGGUCCAGGGGGAUAUGGCUUACCCUCCUCCAUCCAUGAAUGCAUACAAUGCACCAACUACUGAUCAGUCGCCAUAUCCACCUCCGUCAAUGGCACCGGGUAGCGGCGGAAAUGACAUGGUGUACCCGCCACCGACAAUGGUCGGCGAAGCACCAGCAUCAUACACAUCGGCGUCAGCAGCACCAUCUGCCCCUCCGCCGUCAUACAAUGAAGUGAAUCCUAACUCAUAGAUUCAAAAAUGAGAGGAUUUGAACUUGAACUCGAUUUCUUACUUGAUCA